AUGGUGAACAUUACGGAGAAGAUCAAAGAGAUCGAAGAUGAGAUGCGAAGGACGCAGAAGAAUAAGGCGACAGAAUACCAUCUUGGUCUACUGAAAGGGCAUGUGUUCGGAAGAAAACUCGCCCGUCUUCGUGCACAACUCCUCGAGCCUGCAGCAGGUGCGGGUGGCGGAGGAGGAAGCGGUUUCGAUGUAUCAAAGUCGGGUGACGCACGUAUAGCCCUUGUUGGCUUUCCAUCGGUCGGAAAGUCGACAUUCCUGUCAAGAGUCACCAAGACGAAAUCAGAAGCAGCAUCCUAUGCCUUCACUACGCUCACAGCGAUUCCCGGUGUGCUUGAGUAUGGUGGAGCCGAGAUUCAAGUUCUGGAUUUGCCGGGUAUCAUUGAGGGUGCUGCGGAAGGCAAGGGACGAGGACGACAAGUUAUCAGUGCGGCAAAGACGAGUGAUUUGGUUUGCAUGAUUCUGGACGCUACGAAGAAGGCAGAGCAGAGACGGUUGCUCGAGGCAGAAUUGGAGGCAGUCGGAAUCCGACUAAACCGCGAGCCACCAAACAUCUACCUCAAGCCGAAAAAGGCCGGUGGCAUGAAGAUCAACUUCCAGGUCCCGCCCAAACAUCUCGACGAGAAGAUGGUGUACAACAUCCUCAAAGACUACAAGAUGCUCAAUUGUGAAGUGCUCGUCCGAGACGAAAACGCCACGGUCGACGACUUCAUCGAUGUGAUUAUGAAGGAUCACAGGAAAUACAUCAAAUGCCUCUACGUGUACAACAAGAUUGAUAGCAUCGGUCUGCCGCAUUUGGACGAGCUGGCGCGCGAGCCUCACACGGUAGUCAUGAGCUGCGAACUCGAUCUCGGGAUUCAAGAUGUGGUGGACAGGUGCUGGGAGGAACUAAGGCUAAUCAGGGUUUACACCAAGAGAAAGGGCAACGAUCCAGACUUUUCCGAGGCGUUGAUCGUUCGUCACGGAAGCACCAUCGAGGACGUUUGCGACCAGGUGCAUCGAACAUUGAAGGAAACAUUCAAGCACGCGUUGGUGUGGGGAGCGAGCGCCCGACAUGUGCCACAGAAGGUUGGAUUGGGACAUGUGGUGGCAGAUGAGGAUGUCGUUAGCAUUGUGGCGAAAUAGUCGGGCUCGGCCGUGUCGAGACGGAGAGUGAUUCCUGAAGCGGGUGUCGCAGCCCGAAGUGAUUUGUGGUGCAGUAGCCGGACGAAAGCAAGCGCAUUGAAGACCAUCUGUUCGCUACGUCGGACAAGGAAAGAUGCCUGCGAGGAAAUUAAUCAAGGUAUAGACGGGUGAAACUCGA